CUGAAAGUAUCAUUACUUAACCAAUAAGAGCUGCUCAAUGAAAAAUGUCCGCAAGAUGGCAGAAGAAUCGUUGAAUUGAACACGUAAAUUAGUACAUCUAUAGAAAUUCUUCUCACGUUAGAUUCUCGUGGCAGGCACGUCGUCAGAACGAUAAACCACAAUGCAGAUUUUCGUGAAAACCCUUACGGGUAAAACCAUUACCCUAGAAGUAGAAGCAUCUGAUACUAUAGAAAAUGUAAAAGCUAAAAUUCAAGACAAGGAAGGAAUACCACCCGAUCAACAAAGACUUAUUUUUGCUGGUAAACAACUGGAAGAUGGUCGUACUUUGUCAGACUAUAACAUCCAAAAAGAAUCAACGCUUCAUUUGGUAUUGCGUCUUCGUGGUGGAGUUAUUGAACCUACUCUUCGUAUUCUUGCACAGAAAUAUAAUUGUGAUAAGAUGAUCUGUAGGAAAUGUUAUGCACGUCUCCAUCCACGUGCAACUAACUGCCGUAAAAAGAAAUGUGGGCACACAAAUAAUAUCCGCCCAAAGAAGAAGCUAAAGUAGAUUUUUUUUAUCCAAAUCAUGGAAAAUUUGGAUAUCCAUCUUUAUCCAUAUUCCAUUUCCUGGCAAUGGUAUGAUUGACAACUCAGAAAUAUGUAUCUUUUAUUAUGGAUUGCAAUAAAACCUAAGUAUCAAUCAAUAAUAAA